AUACUAAUUGAGACCAUGGGAGCGGCAUUGGCAAGAGCAGUUCAGUGGACUACUACUGGUUCUGGAGCUGGAACAAUCAAAGUCACCCCUUUGAAUGAAUCUCUCUUAAAUCAAAUUAUUAAGUUUGCAGAGGACUUCAGCACUAGACAUCCUCAGGAAGCAGCAUUUGUCUUCAGAGAGCCCCUUGAGUGGAAAACACAAUUUGACUGUUCAAAUUUUGGAGAGGGUUAUGAGAUCAAUGGAGAGACUGUUCAGUCUGAAGCCAAAGAUAAAGAUGGGCAACCAUUGCUUCUCCUCACGGCAUCAACUCUCAGAGUUUGCAGUUUUGACCAGCUGUCCCGUUUGCUACAAAUUGAUAUGGAAAAAAAAUUAGAGGAAGCACAAGCAUGCCUUGAAGCUAACAGAGAUCCUAUAGUGAAAAUUCUUGGCCCUGAACACGGGACUGUCGAAGGAGAAGAUAUGUCCAUAUUGAAUUUACUUGACAAAAUGAAACAAGAUGACCCUGAAACAGAGAUAAAAAUUAAGAUCUUUCUUCUUCUUCAUCAACUGGAUUUGCAACUGCUUAAUAGUUCUUUGAAAGAUGUUUCACAAGAUGAAAGAUUACAUGUAGCUGCUAUAAAUAAUGAAGUGACACUUCUCAAGAAUUUCUCUGGGAUGGGAGAAGAUACAGUACUGGAAUCACUGGAAUAUACAUCAGAUUACAUGUUCCCUAAUGGACGCCGAGCUCCUCCCUGGAGACAAGUGCAUGGAGAAAUUUGUUAUUUAGUCAUCAAACCACAUGACACUGAUACUUUGUGUAUCACUUGCAGCACAGCAGGAGUGUUUUUAAAUGGAGGUUGGCUAACAAGUAAAGAUGACAUUGACUAUGAAAGUAAAAGUGAGGUAUAUAAGGAUAUCGUCACAUUUUUACGGGAGAAAUCACCCAAAUUUGUUGAAAAUAUGGCUAAAAAGGAAUAUAUCUUUUUUCAAGAACCAAGAAAAGAGAUCAAUUGUCAGUGUAUGGAAGUGGUUGAUAAUAGAAUCUCUGGCCGAUCCCAGAACAUAUAUAAUUUUACAGAAAACAAUGUAUAUAUGAAAAUGAAAAGUUCUGCAGAAAGAAGGAGAUACAGAGACAAUAAGAAAUUAGAACCAUCUAUGAAGUGGGAGGAUAUUUGGCUUUCUGCUUCCCACAGACCCAAAUAUUCUAGUGAGAAGGCUGCAAAAAAAGAUACUGAAGAAGAAAGAAGAAGUAGCACAGUGUCUCGAAAAAUAAAAAAGAAAGACAGUGGCAUUUCUUCUGUGUCUGUUAAAAGUCAAUGUAAAACAUCAGACAGAUUUGAAGACAUUAGUGCAAGUUCUUCAGAGACUGAGGAAGAAGAAGAUCAGCUCGUACAUCUUCACGAUGGAAACACUGAUUUGCCAUCAGAAUACUGGGGAAUUCAGAAACUUGCAAAAUAUGUAAAGGGAGGUAAUCCGACAGCUACUAUAAUUGCAUUGUGUGCAAUGAGAGAUUUCAAUCUGGCUCAAGAAACUUGUCAGCUGGCCAUCAGAGAAACUGGAUGUCUUGAAGUGUUAAUUAAUUUACUUGAUACAGACGAAAUUAAAUGUCAGAUUGGUUCAUUAAAAAUCCUGAAGGAAAUUAGUAAAAAUACAUUUACCAGACGUGUGAUUGCAGAUCUUGAAGGCUUACAGAUCAUGGUGAGAAUACUGGAUUCUCCAGACAAAGAUCUGAAAUGUUUGGCAGCUGAAACUAUUGCUAAUAUUGCUAAAUUUAAACAAGCACGAUGGACAGUAAGGCAGCAUGGGGGAAUCAAGAGAUUGGUUGGCCUAUUGGAAUGUACUUCAGUGGGAUCAACCAGUCUAUCAUCAUUUCAAGAUGAAGAUACUGAACUAGCACGUUGUGGAGCUUUGGCACUCUGGAGCUGCAGCAAAAGCACCAAAAAUAAAGAAGCAAUCCGUAAAGCUGGAGGCAUUCCUUUAUUAGCUAAAUGGCUUAAAUGUUCACAUGUGGACAUCUUAACCCCAGUAGUAGGGAUACUCCAAGAAUGUGCCUCAGAGCCAAGUUACAGACUUGCAAUAAGGACAGAAGGAAUGAUUGAGAGCCUUGUGAAUAAUCUGAGUAGUGAACAUGAGGAACUUCAGAUGCAUUGUGCAAGUGCCAUAUUUAAGUGUGCAGAAGAUAAAGAAACACGUGACCUGAUUAGGCAGCAUGGAGGUCUACAACCAUUAUCUGCUCUGCUUGAUAACUCUGAAAACAAACAACUUUUAGCAGCUGUGACAGGAGCAAUCUGGAAAUGUGCACUCAGUGCAGAAAAUGUGUCAAAAUUUAGUGACUAUAAAGUCAUAGAAGCUUUGGUAGGACUGCUUACUGAUCAGCCUGAAGAAGUCCUUGUAAAUGUUGUUGGAGCACUUGGAGAAUGUUGCCAAGAGACAACAAAUCGAACUAUUAUCCGUAAAUGUGGUGGAAUACCACCUCUAGUGAAGUUACUUACUGGAACUGAUCAGGCUCUACUUGUGAAUGUCACCAAAGCAGUGGGAGCUUGUGCAACAGAACCUGAAAAUAUGAUGAUAAUUGACCAUCUAGAUGGAGUUCGUUUGCUAUGGUCAUUGUUGAAAAAUCCUAAUCCAAAUGUUCAAGCAAAUGCAGCAUGGGCUAUUUGUCCUUGCAUUGAAAAUGCUAAGGACGCUGGGGAAAUGGUUCGAUCCUUUGUGGGUGGCUUGGAACUGAUAGUCAAUUUGCUAAGAUCAAAGAAUAAAGAAGUUUUAGCAAGUGUGUGUGCAGCUGUUACAAAAAUAGCUAAAGACGAAGAAAAUUUAGCUGUUAUAACAGAUCAUGGAGUUGUCCCUCUGUUAUCUAGACUAGCAAACACAAGCAAUAAAAAAUUAAGACAUCACUUAGCAGAGGCCAUUUCCCAGUGCUGCAUGUGGGGGAACAAUAGAAUUGCCUUUGGAGAGGCCAAAGCUGUAGCUCCUUUAGUACGUUACUUGAAGUCAAAUGAUCCAUCAGUUCAUAGAGCUACAGCUCAGGCUUUAUAUCAACUUUCAGAGGAUCCCGGCAACUGUGUCACCAUGCAUGAAAAUGGAGUGGUGAAGCUCCUACUGGCUAUGGUAGGCUCUACAGAUGAAGCUCUGCAGGAGGCAGCAGCUGGUUGCAUAGCAAACAUUCGCAGAUUGGCUCUAGCAGCAGAAAAAGCAAAGUACGGCUGAUGCUUU